GAAUGAAAGGGGCGGGGCCAGGGGCAGUGAGGAAAGGGCUAGAUGAUGCUCUAAUGUAUGAAAGGGGUGGGGCUAGUCAGGCUGGAAAGAAGAGGGGGAGGAACCAAUACACCUGUGCAAGACUGAAGGGGAGGAGCCAAUACACCUGUGCAAGACUGAAGGGGAGGAGGAGCCAGUACAGCUGUGCAAGACUGAAGGGGAGGAGGCAGUACAGCUGUGCAAGACUGAAGGGGAGGAGCCUAUACACCUGUGCAAGACUGAAGGGGAGGAGCCAAUUCACCUGCGCAAGACUGAAGGGGAGGAGCCAGUACAGCUGUGCAAGACUGAAGGGGAGGAGCCAGUACACCUGUGCAAGACUGAAGGGGAGGAGCCAGUACAGCUGUGCAAGACUGAAGGGGAGGAGCCAGUACAGCUGUGCAAGACUAAAGGGGAGGAGCCGGUACACCUUGCAAGACUGGAGGGGAGGAGCCAGUACACCUGUGCAAGACUGAAGGGGAGGAGUCAGUACACCUGUGCAAGACUGGAGGGGAGGAGCCAGUACACCUGUGCAAGACUGAGGGGAGGAGCUGUACACCUGUGCAAGACUGAAGGGGAGGAGCCGGUACACCUGUGCAAGACUGAGGGGAGGAGCUGUACACCUGUGCAAGACU